AUGCCUGAGGUCUGCGCUCACUGCAAGGAGAUAGGCCAUAGCAUUAGGCGCUGCAAGCUAGCUCCUAAAUCCUACUCUGCGUGCAAAUGCCCUGGUCACUCCCUGGAGAACUGUCCUAAGAAUAGAAAGGUCGAUCCUCCAGUGAAGAAACAAAAGCCUCCUCCACCUAAGACCCCCUCUAAGCCUACUCAUAUUUAUGUCCAGAAGGCAGACACUGGCUCUCUCUCCUCCAGCAUUGAACCAGAUUCUUCUGAUGUCUCCUCUCCUGAGAAAGAUGACGACUAUGAUGAUGAAUACGGAGGUUACACGAAGGUGUUAUCCAAGCGGCAACAGAAACUGCUUCGGGGCAAGGGCCCCAAAAAUCUCUGA